CGAGGACUAGGAAGAUAUGCCGUCAAAGAUGAUUCCGAUCACUCAAAACUGCAUUUGAAUAAGGUAGUAGAGGGGUAUAAAGUCACCGGGAGAAGUCCAUGGUCACAUAGUCAAGCAUUCAAACCCUUCCGACCAAGUCCCUUGAACUUCCCCCCAACUACACACAUCACAAUGACCUCCUACCCUCCCAGAAAGUGCUGCUUCCAGGGCGUCAAGCAUGACGGCGACGCGACUGGCGACUUCAUCACCAUUGAUGACUUUGAAGUCUACAAGAAGGCUCCCGAGGGUGCCGCUCCCGAGAAAGCAAUCAUCCUACUGACUGAUAUCCUGGGCCACCGGUUCAAGAAUGCCCAGCUGAUCGCUGACCAGUUCGCCGCCAAUGGCUACUUGGUUCUCAUCCCCGAUCUCUUCUAUGGUGAUCCCAUCCCCAUUGGUGGCGCCGCGGGCCUGGACCUCCACAAAUGGCUGGUGGGCGAGUACCACGAGAAGAAGAUCGCACACACUCCCCCCGUCAUCGACCCCAUUCUGGAAAAGUGCAUAGCUGAACUGCGCACCAAGUACCACAUCAAGAAAAUCGGUGCCAUCGGAUACUGCUUUGGCGCCAAGUAUGUUGUUCGGUUCCUGAAGCCCGACCAAGGCAAGGUGGAUGUCGGUUUCCUGGCGCACCCUAGUCUGGUCGAAAAGGAGGAAUUGGAGGCCAUCAAGGGUCCUCUGGCCAUUGCGGCGGCCGAGAAGGACCACGUCUUCCCCGCCGAGAAGCGACACGAGUCGGAACAGAUCUUGGAAACGCUGGCGUUGCCCUAUGCCCAGACUCUCUAUGGCGGUGUCGGUCAUGGAUUUGCUUUGCGGGGAGACCUCAGCGACCCCAAGGUGCUAUUCGCCAAGGAGAAUGCCUUCAUCCAGGCCGUGCAGUGGUUUGAUGAGCACUUGAAGGUGUGAGAGGGCAAGUGCGCGAC